AUGGCCGACCCUGCCUCCUGUAGUCCUGCCGCGGGAACUCAAAUUACCGGCGCAGAUUUCCAAGCAGCGCAGCCCCCUCAACUGCAACUCCUGGAUUUCUUCUUCCCGGGAUUUUCUGUGAUAUCCGGCGCGGUCGUCAAGUACCUCAAGAUCGAUCUCAACGUCUACAUUCCCAUGCUGCUGCUCCUCGGCGGCUUGAUCGUGGCAUGGCGCUACUUCAGCGAAUACUUCUGGGGCCAGCUCGAGUCCCACUUCAUGUCGACGGUCGACAUCCGAACCGACGAUGAGAUCUACAACAUGAUCAUGGCCUGGGUGGCUGCCCAGCGCUUUGCGCAAAAGUCGCGCCGAUUCGUGGUCAACACUAACCUGAAUUCGCGAUCCUGGUUCCUCUGGCGCUGGGACUACGAUGACGACGAGGAUGAUGGCGCCGAAGACAUGGACGGGACUGAGCGUCGGGCUAAGAAGAAGGCUCUUCAGUACACACCCACGUUUGGAAGCCAUUACUUCUGGUACAAGGGACGGCUCCUGAUCUUCCGCCGUUCCCAGAACCGGGAGCAGGCUGCGUUCCUGGUCGUCAGCGAGCGAGAGGAGGUCUCAGUCUCUUGCUUCGGCCGCAACCCCUGGGUCCUCAAGGAGCUUCUGCUGGAGGCUCGCGCUGCGUACAUGAAGAAGGACGAGCACAAGACUCUUAUUUACCGCGGCACCACUAAGGCUGGAAGCACGGAGCCUACUUGGCAACGUUGCAUGUCCAGGACAUCUCGUCCCUUUUCAACUGUCAUUCUUAAUGAGAAGGUCAAGAACGACCUGAUCGAUGAUGUUACGGAUUAUCUCAAUCCUGCCACCCGACGGUGGUACUCGAACCGAGGUAUCCCCUACCGCCGAGGCUACCUUCUUUACGGCCCUCCUGGAACUGGCAAGUCCUCACUAAGUUUGGCUCUGGCUGGCUUUUUCAAGAUGAGAAUCUACAUCGUCAGCCUCAGCUCUGUCACCGCCAACGAGGAGAAUCUCGCCGCUCUCUUUGCUGAGCUUCCUCGCCGCUGCGUCGUCCUGCUCGAAGAUAUCGACACUGCCGGUCUGACUCACACUCGUGAGGAGAACAAGACCCAGGAGGCGGGCGGUUCCGACAUGGUGCCCGGCCAGGUCACGCCUGGUCAGACCCCCGCCGUUCCCCUCCCCACUGGACGACUGUCGCUCUCCGGCCUGCUCAACAUCCUCGACGGUGUCGCCUCUCAGGAGGGCCGUGUGCUCAUCAUGACCACCAACCACCUGGAGAAGCUCGACAAGGCCCUGAUCCGCCCUGGUCGUGUGGACAUGAUCGUCAAGUUCGACCUCGCAGACGGCGGCAUGAUCGCAUCUAUUUUCCGCGCCAUCUUCGCGCCUCUCGAGGGCGACGACCGCCCGAAGAUUGCCUCUAAAGAUGACGAGAAGGCUCUCGUUGACCCUGAGGAGGUCAAGAAGCAGGUUGCUGCUGAGCAGGCCCAGAAGCAGGAGAUCCUCGCCAAGGUGGACCGGCUCGCCGAAGAGUUUGCGGCCAAGAUUCCUAGCCACGAGUUCAGCCCGGCUGAGCUCCAGGGAUACUUGAUGAAGAACAAGCGCGAUCCUGACGCGGCUGUGGCCGGUGCCCAAGAUUGGAUAAUUUCCACAAGACGAGAGAAGAAAGAAAAAGAAUUGAAAGAGGCCGAGGAAAAACGCAAGAAAGAAGAGGAGGAAAAUAAGAAGGAGGAGGAGGCCAAGAAGAAAGCCGAAGAGGAGAAGCAGCUGAAGGACGAGGAAGAGAAGAAGAAACGCAAGGAGGCCAAGAAGAAGCAGAAGCGCAAGGAGAAGGCUCGCAAGAGUGGAAAGGCCUCUGAUACUGACUCUUCUUCCGAGGAUUCAUCCGAUUCAGAGGUCGAGAAGGAUGAUACCUCGAAGACAGAGUCUAAGCCGGAGGACUCAAUUGCCGACACGGUUGAGAAAGCAGAACCGGUGGGCGCCGUCGACCAGGUGAAGAAGGUUGCUGACGGAGACCGACCCCGGACCGGCACCGAUUCCGGAUAUGGCACCCCGUGA